UCCAUUGAAUUCCCCCCUCCAGUUCUACUUUGUCAAUUUAUGCGCCUUCAUUGAAACCUUUCUCAGGGCUACCAACUUUACAGCCGGUUUUUAACACAUCGAGAGGCACUCGGACAAGGAAAGAGACUCCGGCGGUUCGGAAAAAAAUCACUGGAAGAGGAAUUUGUCAUCGCUGUGGAUGUUCUGGUAGUUUGGGUGCGAUCCGCCAAGUUGAAGGAGAGUGUACACGGGCAGUUUCCUGCAGCACAAACCGAAGGACUGCACAAGGAGCGAUCCCACAAAUAGAAAGGAACUGGACUAGGCUAGCAGGCUAAUUCACUGGGAGCUGGUUUUUCUGUGUUUUGAUUCCGAUAUAGCCUGGGCAGGAGCAGCGUAGCCUAUAUCCAGCAAUGGUUUUCCUGAAACAAUUUCGUCAGAGUUUUCUAUUCUGAAGUUUUCUCACCUUGGUUGAGAAGGCAUUUUUAAAGCAACUGGCAAAAUAACCAUUCAAGGAAUAGUAUUGAUUUUUAAAGGGAGUUUAAAAUGCCCGACCAGAUUACAGUGUCGGAAUUCGUCGCCGAAACAAAUGAAGACUAUAAGGCGCCCACUGCCUCAAACUUCACCACUCGGAUGGCUCAUUGUAGGAACACGGUAGCCGCUCUGGAAGAGGCCUUGGACGUGGACCGCAGUGUCCUGUACAAGAUGAAGAAGUCAGUCAAGGCCAUCUACACCUCUGGUCUGGCGCACGUGGAGAACGAGGAGCAGUACACCCAGGCCCUGGAGAAGUUUGGGGAGAACUGCGUCUACAGGGAUGACCCUGAUCUGGGAUCAGCCUUUCUCAAGUUCUCUGUCUUCACCAAAGAGCUCACCGCCCUCUUCAAGAACCUGUUUCAGAACAUGAAUAACAUCAUCACCUUCCCCCUGGACAGUCUGCUGAAAGGGGAUCUGAAGGGAGUCAAAGGGGAUCUGAAAAAGCCUUUUGAUAAGGCCUGGAAAGAUUACGAGACGAAAGUCACUAAGAUUGAGAAGGAGAAGAAGGAGCAUGCCCGGCAGCACGGAAUGAUCCGGACAGAGAUCAGCGGGGCUGAGAUCGCUGAGGAGAUGGAGAAGGAGAGGCGCUUCUUUCAGCUCCAGAUGUGUGAGUACCUCCUCAAAGUGAACGAAAUCAAAAUAAAAAAGGGAGUUGACCUGCUCCAGAACCUCAUCAAAUAUUUCCACGCCCAGUGCAACUUUUUCCAGGACGGGUUGAAGGCUGUCGACAACCUCAAGCCCUCAAUAGAGAAACUGGCCACAGACUUGCACACGAUCAAGCAGGCCCAGGAUGAGGAGAGGAAACAGCUGACCCAGCUACGGGACGUCUUGAAGUCGUCACUGCAGGUAGAGCAGAAGGAGUCUAGGAGAGAUUCGCAGGUGCGACAGAGCGCCACCUACAGUCUGCACCAGCCGCAGGGCAACAAGGAGCACGGCACGGAACGCAGCGGAAACCUCUACAAGAAGAGCGACGGCCUGAGGAAGGUGUGGCAGAAGAGGAAGUGUUCAGUGAAGAACGGGUACCUGACCAUCUCUCACGGAACGGCCAACAGACCCCCAGCAAAGCUGAAUCUACUCACCUGUCAGGUCAAACACAACCCGGAGGAGAAGAAGAGCUUUGAUCUCAUCUCACAUGACCGAACGUAUCAUUUCCAGGCCGAAGACGAACCAGAAUGUCAGAUCUGGAUUUCCGUGCUACAGAACAGCAAAGAGGAAGCGCUGAACAACGCCUUCAAAGGGGACCAGCACGUGGGCGAGAACAACAUCGUGCAGGAGCUGACCAAGGCCAUCCUGGCCGAGGUGAAGCGGAUGAGCGGGAACGACGUGUGCUGCGACUGCGGGGCGCCCGGCCCCACGUGGCUCUCCACAAACCUGGGAAUCCUAACGUGCAUCGAAUGUUCCGGAAUCCACCGGGAGCUGGGUGUCCACUACUCCCGCAUACAGUCUCUCACGCUGGACGUCCUGGGAACGUCGGAGCUCCUGUUGGCUAAGAACGUGGGAAAUGCAGGCUUUAAUGAGAUCAUGGAGGCCUGUCUGUCUGCUGAAGACGUGGUGAAACCCAACCCCACCAGUGACAUGCAGGCGCGGAAGGACUUCAUCACGGCCAAGUACACGGAGCGGCGGUUUGCGCGGAGGAAGUGCCCGGACGCCGCGUCCAAGCUGCACACGCUGUGCGAUGCCGUCAAGGCCCGAGACAUCUUCUCCCUCAUCCAGGUGUACGCCGAGGGCGUCGACCUGAUGGAGCCCAUCCCCCUGGCCAAUGGACACGAGCAGGGAGAGACGGCGCUUCACCUGGCCGUCCGGCUGGUGGACCGGACCUCGCUCCACAUCGUGGACUUCCUGACCCAGAACAGCGUGAACCUGGACAAGCAGACGGCCAAGGGCAGCACGGCCCUGCACUACUGCUGCCUGACGGACAACAGCGAGUGCCUGAAGCUGCUGCUGCGGGGGAAGGCCUCCAUCGAGAUCGCUAACGAGGCCGGGGAGACGCCCUUAGACAUCGCCCGGCGGCUGAAGCAUCUGCAGUGCGAGGAGCUGCUCACCCAAGCACUGGCGGGGAAGUUCAACGCCCACGUCCACGUGGAGUAUGAGUGGCGUCUGCACCAUGAAGACCUGGACGAGAGCGACGAGGACCUGGACGAGAAGCCCAGUCCGCACCGACGAGAGGAACGGCCAGUCAGCUGCUACGCCCCAGGCAGCAGCCCUGCCCAGUCCGGGCCAAUCCAGUCUGGACCCGCCCCCAGUCUGCUGAAAGACAAGCCGAGGCCCUACCUCCCCAGCCUGGUGACCAAUGAGACGUAUGGCACCAUCAUCGGCAGCCAGCCAGGGCUGCCUGUCACCACCUCUGCCCCCCCGCUACCCCCUCGCAACAUGGGCAAAGUUCAGAUCUCUGGAUUGGGUGGAAUUGUGCAGACCUCAGGUUCCAGUUUGUGGAAGCCCACCUCCCUGGAUGCAGCAGGCAGACAGAGGUCCUCGUCUGACCCCCCCAACAUUCACCCCCCUGUACCCCCAAUGCGGGUCACCUCCACUUCCAUUCUGGCCGUUGCGCCCCCUCCCCCUGUGGCUAAGACUGCAAGUGUGAUGGAGGCCAUGAACCUGCAGUCUAAAACGGGACAGGUGCCCCCUUCUGGCCAGACCAAGUCCUCUCCCCCGGGGCUAACCGGACAGCCCCUCAGCAGAAUUCCGGCACCAAAGUCUCCUGCCAGCACAGAGAAGACCUUCAGCAAAGGACCCCCCAUUCUGUCCGGAUCUGUUGAAAGACCAGCUAAGGAAGUCCCAGGCUGCCCUCAGAAUUCUAUAGGUCAAUCUCCGCCCCCUGCCCCUAUGCCCCGGAAGACGUACCCUAAACAGAAGCCAAAGAGGGUGAAAGCCAUUUACAACUGUGUGGCGGAUAACCCAGACGAGCUGACCUUCUCUGAGGGGGAGGUGAUUGUGGUGGAUGGGGAAGAGGACCACGAGUGGUGGCUGGGUCACAUCGAUGGCGAGCCGAUGAGGAGGGGGGCCUUCCCCGUGACGUUCGUACACUUCAUCGUGGACUGACAGACGUGUCCCCUCCGAGGUCAGAGCAGGUCACGGCGCGGGGGGGGGGGGUGUGUGGGGGGGUGGUCCAGGCUGACAGUGUCACCCUCACCCCGUCCCAUCCCCCCCAGUCCCUGGGCAAAGGAGGACCUUGCCGUGUGACUUGGGUCAGGUGACCUGGCAAACAUCAUACUAAGCCACGCCCCCUACCCAAACCACGCCUCUGGAACUCACCGGAACACGGUUUUUAAAAAUCGGAACCAGAGAAGGAAGAAACUGAUUGUUCUUGCAAUAAAUGCACUUUUUUCCACUUGGUUAAUUUAUUCCGCGGUCGAAAGAAUGCUAUCACUUCCAAGCUUCUGUUGAAAGUAUUCCAUUUUAAUCCAUACAAUCAACUGUGACAUGAACGAAGAUUGUACAGCAGAUUAUUUUACAGUAACAGAAAAGACUAAUGUAUAUGUUUGGGAUUCCUUUAAUGUAAGUAAAUGUAGUCAUUUUGGCUAGUAUUCUCUUCAUUGCAUGGUUAUAGGUCAACGGUUCAAAAUGACACAGAGCUGCGAUGCUAGAAGACAUUCACAUGUGUAGGAGUCCCCUCUGCUCUGGAAGAGAGGAUAACUUUCUAAUGGUGCUAACCUGUGAAUGUGCUGUCCUCAUAUUUCUCCCCCAGGGGGCGCUCUGCUGUCCCCAUUUCCAGGCAGCCUCAGGCAUUAGGUACAGAAAUAGGCCAUCUCCAGCUGUCUCAGAUCACGCCGGGGAGGGAGAGGCAGAGAGAGGGGUAAUUCCAGACCUCAGUUGAGAGAAGGUGGCGCCCCCUGUGGGCAGAGAGCUAGCACCUGCGCA